UAUCACCCCAUUCAUUCCGCAUCCCAAUCCGGGUCUCUCCGGCGACCAUCUCACGCCCACGCCGCCUCCUCCCCGCCCCGCCGCCGUCUCUAUCGGAGUUCCCUACCGAGUACCCCGAACCAUGGCGGCUGCAUCAGCCACCCGCCGCGGCCUCUCUGCGCUCCUCCUCUACUCCUCCCGCGCGCUCCCCCGCCGCCUGGUUCCGCUCGCCGCCUCGGCUGCCUCAGCACACGUCGCCCCGUGGGCCCUUCUCGCGUCUCGCGGGGCCAGGACCGCGUCGUCCGGCGGGUCCGGGUACUCGCCGCUGAACGACCCGUCCCCGAACUGGAGCAACCGGCCGCCCAAGGAGACGAUCCUUCUCGACGGCUGUGACUACGAGCACUGGCUCAUCGUCAUGGAGUUCCCCACCGACCCCAAGCCCUCCGAGGAGGAGAUGGUCGGGGCCUACGUCAAGACCCUCGCAGCCGUCCUCGGAAGUGAGGAGGAAGCAAAGAAGAAAAUCUACUCAGUGUGCACUUCAACAUACACAGGGUUUGGUGCAUUGAUUUCAGAGGAGUUAUCAUACAAAGUUAAAGGAUUGCCGGGAGUUCUUUGGGUGUUGCCUGAUUCAUAUCUGGAUGUUCCUAACAAGGACUACGGAGGUGAUCUUUUCGUAGAUGGCAAGGUCAUACACAGACCUCAGUUCAGAUUCAAUGAGAGACAGCAGGUAAGGAGUAAGCCUCGUCCUCGCUACGACAGACGACGUGAGGUUGUCCAAGUGGAGCGGAGGGAGACAAUGCAAAGAGGCCCUUCGACACAGCAGCAUAGGCCGCCACCAUUUCCACAGCAGGCUACACAGAACCAAGAGCAGCACUGAAACCAUGCCACCAGGAGUAGGAAUGUAGCAUCAGUGUCAGAGACUUCACGCUUGAAACCGUCGUUGUUUAUAAACUAAAUUCGCGCCAGAACUAUUUGAGCUAAAUCUCGUGAUUAUACCAUUGCCCCUUGUGAUUUCUGACUGGAACCUGUAUGGCUGUAUGUGAGUUCCAUGUAAGCUGUGCUUCAGAAUUUAUGACUGAACCAUUGCUGUCCUGAAAAUUUUGGUGCUGUCUAGAAAUUCCUCUU